UGACCAGUAGUUCUUCCCAAGCGCCGUGCUGUUUCAUUCCCGCCAUACCGUCCGUGUUUCACCUUGGGCCGACAAACCAUGGAUAAUCUCAUUCUUCAUUCCACGCUUCCCCCCCCGACCCACAUUCUUCCAUGCAGCCCCCUCAUCAUACAAUAAUAUCUAUCUCUCCCUCGGGCUCGUUUUCGCGUGGUCGGUCAUCUGUCAACCUUCCGUUAGACCACCACACCUUCUUUUACGAUUCUGUCCUCUCUCACAACCACUUUCAUGCCAAUCAGCCAUCUGCUUGUGCUCGCCCGCCAUUGCGACCGCAACUGCAGCAGCAGCACGCGCCAGGACCCCCUUCCCCUAUCUUGGCACGUUCCCUACCCACUGAGGCUAACCGCCGGCGUCGCUGCACGAGCGUCAUUAAAACCUUUCAGACCACUUCAAUGGCCAUUCGAGAUGGGUCCGCGCUGAUUGACAGAUCGUUCUGUUGACCUCGGACCUCGAUAGCUCUCAGCGGUUAUGCGUGACUGUCGUCGAUAGCCGCUGGUUCUACUGCUGACGCUUUCUUGUCGCUCUCUACUUGGCGCCGUCCGUACUCUACAAAAGAUUCCAUUCCUUCCUGCGGGCCUCCGCUCUUUGCCAUUUCCCCUACGUCGCGAUCGUCACUUCGCCCGGCUGGACCG